AUGGGGCGCCGUGGGAGUCCACCCGACCGACCGACCCAUCGGCCGCGCCACCUCCUCACCCCCGGGAGCCUUCGGUGCCGGCUGGAGCCGAAAAAGAAGUUCAAAUUCCGCGUGGAGCUGGAACUGGACGAGCUCUCCUCGGUGCCCUUCGUCAACGGGAUCCUCUUCUGCAAGGUGCGGCUGCUGGACGGCGGGAGCUUCAGCGGAGAGGCCUCCAGAGAGGUGGUGCAAGCAAACUGUGUUCAUUGGAAGAAGAGGUUUUCAUUUAUAUGUAAAAUAAGUGCAAGUGCCACUACAGGGAUUCUGGAUCCCUGCAUCUGCAGAGUCUCUGUACGAAAGGAAUUAAAAGGAGGGAAGGCUUAUGCAAAGUUGGGUUUUGCAGACCUCAACCUGGCAGAGUUUGCUGGAUCAGGAAAUACCACUCGCCGUUGCUUACUGGAAGGUUAUGAUACCAAAAACACAAGGCAGGACAAUUCAAUUCUCAAAAUCUUAAUCAGCAUGCAGCUAAUGUCUGGAGACCCAUGCUUUAAAACACCUCCAUCCACAGCAAUGUCUGUAUCAAUUGCUGGAGAAUCAGAAUCCCUGCAUGAAGACAGGAAAGGUGCAGAGAACACUAAAGUGUCACAUUUGACUGUAUCAGAUUUUACAAACAAAAGCAUCUCAGCCCCAGAUGAACUUGGAGCAUGUGGACAUUCUAGGACUUCUAGUUAUGCAAGCCAGCAGUCAAAAGUGUCAGGAUACAGCACUGCUCAUUCCAGAUCAUCCAGUUUCUCUGAUCUCUGUCAUAAAAGAAAUACCUCUGCAGGAAGUACAUCAACUGGUAUAAGUAGUAUUCUAGAGCCAUGUGAAGAGAAAGAAUCCAAAAGUAUUGAGGAUAAUUUGGAAGCAACCAUGAAAGAUGCAGUCUCAGAAAAUUCAAACAGGCAACCAGUAAAACAGGAUUCUGUGGAAUCACAGCUAAAGAGGGUGGAUGCCACAAGAGUUGAUGCAGAUGAUAUUGUUGAAAAAAUACUGCAGACUCAAGACUUCAGUUUGGACUCAAGUGCAGAAGAGGAAGGACUGAGACUUUUUGUAGGUCCUGGAGGGAGCACUGCUUUUGGAAGUCAUCACUUACCUAAUAGAGUGGGAUCUGGAGCUUAUGAACAAGUAGUGAUAAAACGCUAGAAGAACUGGACUAAGUUGAUGGAUUUCCAGAAUUUAUUUCUCAAUAUUAUCAAAGAUGAGAUCUUCUGAAAGCUGGCAUACACUGGCCUGAAUCUUAUCAGUUUAGAUUCUUUAUAUUGAAAAUACCCUCUUCUAAAACCACCUAUGAUAUAAGGGCAAUUUUCCAUCUUUUAGUAUGUUGCUAAUUUGUUGAAAAAUUUGUUGAUGGACUUGUUGCAUUGUUCAUAUGUAAAUCAAAUUGCUUUUUUGGAAAGAGAAAAAAUUCUAUAUAAUUGAACAUAUAUUGAAAUCAGUUGUCAGUAAGUGGAAAUGCCUUCAGUAGUGUUUCCUAUAGGCAAAUCAGAAUAGGAAAUGGGAAGUACUGAUUCAAGGAAGUGUUUUGAGAAAGUAAUACUUUUAUAAAUAUGUGUAGCUUUAAAAUGUAAUAUGCAUUUCAGUAAUGUGUUUUAUUGUCACUUGAAAAUGAGUGACUAACCCUAAGUUUAAGAGGAUUUAUGUGCAUAUUGUAUUACUGUUUGAACAGUACUCAGAGUCAAGUAAGUGCUGUAUUCUGAAAACUAUAUUUGAAAAGUGUAAGGUUGUAUUGACUGACAUUUGAGCUGUACCAAAAUCAUCACAGGUUUGAAUGAGAACUCUGAGUUCAUAGGAUGAUUUGCAGAGAAAGCUUGGAGAAUAACAUUUGAGAGUGCCUUGUUUCUAAGGAAAAGGGAGUUACAGACUAUUUUAUUAAGAUUUAAUAAUAAAUAAUAAACAGCUAUAAAGAGAAGCACUUUAUAAAGUUUACUUCAGUCCAUGUGAAAUCCAUUCUUUUAGUUGAAUUUCUGACUUGGGCCCAACUUAAAUCAGACAAAUGAUGUAAUAGCAAUUCCCUUAGUUUUUGUUGCAUUAUGUUUGCCAGUCAUAAAGUACUGUAGCUGUAUAGAUCCAUGCAUGAAGGAAACACUUGCUAAAUGCAACAUCACCUGUGUAAAAACGUACAUGGAUGAGCGCUUUGCUCCUAGCACUGUCCAGUUUUAAAUUGCUUUUUUCCAUGCCUUCUUAAAUAGGACUUAUUUCAAUGAGACUUACACAGAAGAAAUAUCCUGGUAGAACUGUGAUGUAUAAACAUUUGUAUAAACAAAACAAUAUAAUUUGCCUAUGCAACAAUUUCAAUGAAGCAUUAUCUGACAGCAGAAACAUCACAUUUUAUUUUUGCAAACGGUAUGAAAACUGCCAAUAGUUUUGAACUGUAUCAAUAGUUGUUUAAUAGCUGGUCUCAUGUCUUUAAAAAACAGAAAUUGUUAUACCUUUAAAAACAACUUUAAAUAAGCUAAUUA